AUGAAGAGAGACAGCCCGGAUUCUGUCGAUGUGGCAGAAUAUGUUCAUCAAAAAGAGGAAAUUUCAGAAAGACAAGAACAUUUUCUACGAAAAUACUUCCAUCGUGCAUGGCCAAAACGUAUCGUUGCUAUACUGGGUAUACUGCAAUUAGCGAUCAGUUUAGCUUCAUUUGGCGUCGAUCUACCCGUUAUUCUUAUGUAUGCACCACGUUGGCAAGUUCUUUGUGGGGUUUGGAUGUUUAUAUUUGGUCUUAUAGCAUGUAUAAGCACAUUGCAUUCAACUCGAAAAGUAACAUGGAUUAAACUUCAAGUUGCUGUGGCACUGAAUGUUUUGGGUGCAAUAGCCGCAGCUAUAUCGGUUAUUUUUAACAUUAUGUUCGCGUCGAACCCGUACAAUUGUAUAAUUCCCAGUGGUUGCAAUUAUUUAUCGUAUACAUACUCGAAAGGAACCUCCUUUUACAUAGGUGAAAUUAUUCUUGGAAUAGCCUUUAUUGCAACAGUGGCCGUGUAUAUUGUUCUUUUUAUUAAAUACGGUGUGGGUGGCAAAGCACGUUUCGAUAAUAUCCAUCGAGGAUAUGCUCCAGCGAAUUUUAAUCCUGGUGGACCACCGUAUAAUCGUAUGCCAAUGGCACCUAACACAAAACCAAGGCCACCGCCGCCACCAUCACAAUAUUUCAAUCCUCGAUUCGCAGGUCAACAGCCGCGAGGAAUGGCCAGACCACCUGGUCAGAUGAUGGGUGCACCACAAGCUGCAAUGAUGGGACCUAGUGUAAGAGGUCCAAUGCAACAAAAUUACAGGCCACCCGGACCGUAUCCAACGUUGGGACGUAACAAUUAA